CUUAAAGCAUACUUUUGUUAAUCUUUGUCGGCAAAUAAUACAGCAAAGUUAUACAUUUUUUCACCACGUUGGAUUUAAACUUCAAGGUUAAAAUCGUAUUAUAUUUACGGUGAUGAGAAAAAUUCAGCAGAAUAAAAAAUACCUGCGUAAAGAUGACAAUAUUACAGAUUAUAUGAAAUGUUAACAUUAUAUUAACUAAAUAAACAAAAAAAGAAAAUUUCAAUCUAAAGAUGGGAACCGUAAACUCUACACUGGCAGCUGGUCCCUGGGACGGAUUCAAAACGGUGUGGGCUUCGUUUGAGUUUAACCCUCAAUGCAAUAGCUCACGAGGAUGCACGCAUGUUUUCAAGGGUGUAGUAUACCACGAACGGAACUACUUUACAAAGUCAGACGUGGUGAUCAAGAAACAACACAGGAUUGCAAAACUUGGUGACUGGAAGCUUUAUAUAUACAGAUGCACGACAGGACAACAUUUGGCAUCCAAGUUCAAACGGCAUUUACAAAACAACCACAACAUUAGCCAAUACAAGGUACGUUUUGUCAAGCCUAUCGAAGCAAUUAUCGACGUAUGGUCAUCUUUUACAGCCAGUGUAGCUCGUUUUCUAAAAUUCAAACUGGGUAAAGACGAAGCGUUACUUAUCGAGGAACGUCUGCGUGGGAAGUUUGUCACUUUCGUUACAGACUGUGGCUCAGGAAUCAAUCGAGAGAUCGCAGUUCUAGCAGCGUUCGCACAUUUUACCUACCAUGAAUCAGGUGGGGAAUUAGUGGUGUGUAACUUGCAAGGAGUCGAGGAUCAAUGUGUGUUCACACUUACCAAUCCGGUCAUUCAUUCAAAAGACGGUAACUAUGGCGACACUGACCGAGGAGCAGACGGGAUUGAUGAGUUCUUUCAACAUCACGUGUGUACCGUCUUGUGCAGUAACUUAUCGAGACCAUCAGGUGACUAUACAGAACUCAUUUCAAAUCAAGAACUGCCGCCUCCGUACGAAGAGCUUUUUCCUGAUGGUCCGCCGCCAGUUCCUUGAAGCAAACUGUCCAUUACUUCUGAAGAAUGCAAGAUACCUGCGCAUUGUAUGAAGAGAGUUGCUCGUAAACAGAGUCAUAAAGGUGAAGGCUAAGGCAUGGGUUUAUAGUCUGAUUAUGAUAUUAGACACAACUCCAACCGACCCUUAAAUUACCCCCCCCCCCCCCCGAUCGCAAUAUACAAAAGUGACUUUAUAAUGAUAUAAUUAUACUGUCUAAUAUGGUGUGAAAAUGUAUGUUUAGAUGUUGAAGUAUAUUUUAUUUACCAUUUUAUUAAUAAAAAAGCUUUAACAUGACAUGCUUCUUACUCAUAUAUGAACAAUGAAACUCAUGAAACAGUAUCAGGAUACGAACUUUCGUACCAUGCGCUGGUCUUCCAAAUCAGGAACGUGUUCUAUGACUUUUUGACUAUGCUGCUUCAGCGGCACGUCUAGGUUAUCAUACCAUGAAAAAGUUCUUCACAAUGGCGACCUAUGUAAAGAUCGAGCCAGUCCGAAUGAGUUAGCUAAAUUUUCUCAAUCGGCAUAUCUCGCUAUUUAUAAUUGAUAAAGAUAAAUGCUGCUUGGUUCCCGUCCUCUUUCAACUUUAUCGAGUGGUUCGGAACAGGAACUAGGCACGAAACUGCCAGGUGGCACUUCAAACGUUGUGACGCUUGGAAAACCCCAAAUAGUUAUUUUUAGAUUUGAUCGAGAAUGUAACCCGCCUCCAAGUUUUGCUGAAUGGGUCAAGUUCCUCAUGAGUACUACUUCCCCGUACCCCCAAAUACUUUUUUCGUACUCAAUUUUUCGUACCCAUUUUUUUUUCGUACCCAUUUUUUUCGUUCCGAUUUUUUUUCGUUCCAAUUUUUUUUAAUACCCACAUUUUUUUCGGACCCAUAUCAUUUUUUGGCAUAAUUGUUUCGUACCCACAAUUUUCGUACCCCAAUUUUUGUUCGUACCCAAAUUUCGUACCCACAUACACAAUUGUGGUGAUGAAGAUAAACUUAAAUCCAUGCUUUUAUAUCCAUCCUCUUUAAAAGCAUCGUCACACCAGUACUGUCCGUAUUUUAAUAUACUACAUACACCAGAAAACUAAGUAUUUAGAAAUAAGAUUUAAAAGAGGUCACCGCAUUUAAAUGGUCUAUGCAAAAUAUCUAUUGUGUUUAACAGGUUUAAAGGCAUUACCAACCUCGCACUUAACACAUAUUUAAUCAUAAAACAAACACGUGUUAAAACAUAAACAUUUUAACAAGGUAAGAAAAUCAAUAUAACCCCGACGUAAUUUCUCAAUGGUAUAGUAUCCAAAAAAGCAACAUAACUAUCGUUUCAUGAUAUUUAAGAAAACGGACAAUAUAUCUCAACAAGUAAAACGAUAAAUACUGUCCUAAUCAUUAUAUUUAAGCAUAAGUUUGGUUAUAUUAUGGGCGAAGGCUAUAAAAGAGUACAAGUAUAUUUGUUCAGAAAAGGUUGCCCUAAACAGUAGUCCAUUAAAUUUCAAUACAUAACUAUGUUGUUAGAACUGAAUGUGCCCGUUUGAGAAAAUUUCACUUUAAAUGACGGUGGAAAAUAAAAUUCACCAUAAAAAAAGAUUAUAGGAAAAGUUAUGUGCGUAACUUGAUCAUGCCAAUAUGAAAUCCUACCCACAAGCAAUUAACAACUUUGUCCGCCACUUUACUUCACGCCGCAAUAUGUUAAUCGACCGAUCACUUGUAAAAAUAACAUUCCUUAAGAAUUACGCGGAAUGACCUCGGAGUAAAAUUAGAUGGUUAAAGAUAAGUGUCGUUAAAUUGAGCUUGCAAUAUUAAUAGAUUUAUUUGAGUGCGAAAAAGUAAUGCACCGUCAGAGUUCAGCUUAAGCAUUCAUUAGGCAUUUUGAGAAGGCAUUAAAUGGAAUUUGUUUCUUUAAGAAAAUAACAUUUUAAGUGUGUAAUUUUUAAAGGGAUACGCAUAAUCACGACUCGUGUUUUAAUACACAUUUAGUUAAAGAGUACAAUGCAACCGAAUUUCAUUUUUUACUUAUCAAAUAGUUCACAAAAUGAAAAACGAAAGACUGCCACUUGCGAUAUAUAUUUUAAGGUCACUUUAAUAAUUUAGUACAUAAAAAACCGGUUCUUUGUGAAUUAUUUUUCAAAUUAUAUAUUUUAUUGGUUACAAGUUUUAUUUUCCCUUGCCUUAUUUAAAAGCUAUGGCAUUUUUCGGAUCCCAAACUUUGAAUCAGAUCUAUUUGAACCAUGUUGCGCACACUUCGCUGUAUUUCUUUUACAAGAACAUACCAUCCACAUGCAUCCGCGUAUUUUUGAAUAGCUUCAAACUCAGUCAUGUACAGAACAGAACGAAGCGAACAUAAUGAACAGCUGUUUGUGUGUUAAUGUCUCUUAAUGAUCUGAAUGUUUUAGCUAAAGCUUAAUGUAGAAAGAAUGAUUUGAAUUCGCUUCAUAUUAACCACGUUGUAUAGCGCCAUGACAAACGUUUUAUGCAAAUGCAGUUAUUGAAAUGUUUCUAUUGUGUGUAUACCUCAUUUUGAUUUGAAAAGCUCGGCAUAAUCGUUAUUUAUGUAGAAAUCAUGAUUCAUUUGCUAUUUAUUGCUUUUCUAUAACAUUUCUUAACAAGACUGUUACAACAUAAUGUUUUAUAAAUUGUAUGUUGAUAAGAUAUUUAAUGUAAAGAUUACAUAUAUUUAUUCUUAGAUUAGCUAUAUAAGAUGUUAAAAUAUCAGAGGCGUAUUUAGGUGGGGGGCUAGGGGGCUAAAGCCCCCCCCCCCCCCCCAGCUGGCAGGCUAGACACGAUUUUUAAUAAAAAUGAGCCCCUUACAGUUUCAAUCCACUUGUGUAUUUCCUGUCAUAUGUCCCUAAAUAAGCCAUAAACAGCUGUAGAUUUGUGUGAUUAGCCCCAGGCAUGUGUACAGACGAUCUAACCUUCGUCAGCUAAAGUGCACGCUUCAUUGACUGUAAGUAAUAAACUGCGCUAUUUGAUUGGCUGAAGAAGAUACAUUCAACUAAUAAAAUUCAUCCAUAUUUAGCUAUAUUUAGCUAUAGAUAAAUGUUUACAAAUGGCUGCCGCAUGAGACUUGUGAAAAACAAUCUUUCAAUUUGUAGCAAUUAAAGAGUUUAGACGAACGCAAUGGACAAUCAUUAUUAUUUUUUCGGUAAUUUCUUUGAUAAAUUUAAUUGGUAUUAGCUCUUUAGAGUGAUGAUCCUUUUGAGUAACAAGUUAUUGCCAGUGAAAUUCAACUGCACACUUAAUGAAUGGCAAUUAUUUUUUUGUUUUUAUUUGGUUUUGUUACAAAUCGGGCUAACUGCUUUGAUGUUCAUCCAUAGUUUUUAAAAUAAAAAAAGACUCAAAAAUGAAGAAUUACUUUGCUAUAUGAAACUAAAUCAUUUUCUUAAAGCGUGACAGCAUCGAGGCAGCAACACCCGAAUUAAACUACACAAGAAACCUAACGAUUCCCUUUGUUGACACUUUUGUGAAUGAAAUGGACAUCCGAUUCAGUGAUUUGCAGACUAAGGCAGCCAUGGGAUUGAAGUUUAUACCUGAACAAAUGUACUCCUCUCCUGUCAGUACUAGUGACCUUGAAUGGUUCAAUGAUGAUCUCCUUCUCCUCAGUCCCUCCCUGCCGAGUUGCACUUUAUAUGGCAGGCUAGGUGGAAAGGUGUACCCAACCCAACUACUUCCCUUCAGGGCUCUGUUGCACAUUGUGAUUCCCAGCUGUACCCCACCAUUUACACUGUUUUGUCCAUAUCAUGUGUGUUCCCUGUCACAUCAUGCGAGUGGGAAAGGAGUAUCAGUGCCCAAGGACUUGUUAAGACAAAACUAAGAUCAUCAAUGGGUCAGGACAGGUUGUCCGCGGUGUGCCUGCUUUCCAUUCAUAGGGACAUGGACAUAAACAAUUUCAUGUUGUACCUAAGUUGACCUAGUAGGAUAUCCAACAAGGUUUAAUAGGAGGUCCACCCAUCUAACUCCGUUAAAAAAGUUAUGGAUAAAGAUAAUGUCUCCCACCACUUAAGUGGUUUGAGAGACAUUUGAUUUACCCCUGUGUGUCUGUCUGGCAGUGUGUCUGUCACACUUGAUGUGUGAACUCAAGUUCUUAUUUGUUUCACAUGCACUUUUAUCAUGCAAAAUGCUGAUUAGAUAGCAGGAAAUCGCAUCAUUUCAAUGUGCCAUUUCAAAAAAAAUCGACGACGGAAGGGGAAACCCCUCCCGCACCCUCCCUCUUGAGCCCCCCCUCUCAAAAUUUUCUGGAUACGCCUCUGAAUAUACCUUUUGUUUAUUAGUUUUAAGUGCUCUAUAUAUGUCAUUGUUUGAAAAAAAUUGUAGAUUUAGUUGUUUAUAUAAUCUAUUCUAGUUUUUUUAUGUGUCAUUGUUUGUUGAUUUUUAAAAUAGUUUAUAGUAAUCUCCAUUUCUGUGCAAUAUAUCGAUAGUGGUAUAUAUCCUCUUUAGAAAAUCAUCAUGGCGGAUUAGUUGGAAUUGGUUGAAUCAUUUAAUUGUGUAAGAGUAUUGUACGUGUUUAUUCAUUGUUAAUAUUUUGUGAUGUAUUGGUUUUAGAACACACAUACGUUAUACAAACAGUAUUUAAAAUCAAAGCGCUGAAAGCACUGUAGUUGUUCGCUGUUGUACAAUCUUAGACGCAACUCAGUUUUCAAAAUUAUGUUAUAGCUUUUUAUAUCGCAAGUAUGAAAUGAACACACCCCAUUCAAAUUUAAAAACAAUGUGGCUAAAAGCACAUGUUGAGAUGUGAUUUUUUCAAAUCAUUAAUAAAAAAGAUUAUUUAAGCUUCAUUUUGGGAAAACAGGGCAUAAUGCAUAUGCAUAAAUUGUCAUCCCAGUACCAGAGACUGUCUUCAAAUGUAAAACACCAUAAAGUCAUGUGUCGUUCUUGAUUAGCUUGUGCACAUUGCACAGGCUAAUCAGUGUGCACAGGCUAAUCUUAUUUGACAUGCAUUAAGCCCCGUUUUCCAUGAUUGCAGCCAAUAUGUACAGAUUUCAAUGAUAAACAUUAGUAAAACGCCGUCUUACAAGCUUUUAAUUAAUAUUGAUUAAAUACACACACUGCAGUAGUAGAGCAGACGCUUCUAGCAUUCGUCGUCUGCAUAAUUUUACUGCAGGUAGUGAAUACAGGCAGUGGUUAUUGUUCCUAGCGAAGCUUACAGCAGACUGACUUGCAGUUAUCGUUCCUAGCGUAGCUAAAGCAGACUGACUUGCAAAACUGCCUCUACAUUAGUUGUGAGCUAACGCUCACAACUAAAAAUUGUAACAAAUAAUGGUUCAUUAAUAUGGUAAAAGCUCUCUCAUUUGCAUUAUAUUGUCGAAAAAAUGUUUUGUUUAAAUUAUUAUUUAGAAAAAUAAAUCGUUUUUAUAUUUUA